AUGAGUGAGAGCAAUAAGGAUGACGACAUUCAUAGCAAGUCACCGGAGUCUUUUGUUGAAUCAGGAGUUGUGUCAGAAUCGACGAAAGAUUUGGGAGCAACGUACUCAGAUGAAGAAGACGUUAAGGAUGUUGGCAACUACGUGUUCUGUGCCUUCAUGAUGUUCGGAUUCGGAUCCCUCCUUCCAUGGAACAUGUUCCUCAAUAUUGCAUUUGAUUACUACACAAUGUUCAAGCUUCGGGAAGAGAGUGGACACGCCAAUUGGUUCGCUUCGAAUUUCCAAAACGCAAUGACGAUUUGUGCGCAGAUUCCAAGUCUCGGAUUCAGUGUGCUCAAUAUUUUUAUCGCGUUGAAAGGAGACCUAACUCGUCGAAUGGGUACUUGUCUUCUCAUUGUCCAAUCCAUGGUUUUCGUCACUGUCCUCUUCAUCUACAUCGAUACCAGCAGUUGGAUCCCAGUAUUCUUCGUUGUCACCCUCAUCUCUAUCAUUGUGUUGAACGCAUCGAAUGGGUUGUUUCAGAAUAGUUUGUUCGGUCUGGCCUCUCCGUUUCCAUUCAAGUAUACGAAUGCAGUGAUUAUUGGACAAAACUUUUGUGGGACCGCUGUGACUGCACUGGCAAUGUUGACGAAAGCAGCAAGCGAUGAUAUCCAAAUGCGUGCAAAUCUCUUCUUCGGCCUAUCCUCUGUCGCUGUAAUUGUCUGUUAUAUUCUUCUGAAAGUUCUAAAAAAAUUGAAUUUCUACCGCAAAUUCGGAGAGCUGAAACCCUCCUUGAAUAGUGUCGAAGGAGAGGAGGCGAGCACUUGGUCGAAUAUUCGAGAAGCGUUUUCAAAGAGUAAAAUGCAAUUUCUCAACAUUUUCCUAUUGUUUUUCGUCACUCUUGCCCUAUUCCCGAAUGUUUGCAUGUAUGUGACAGAUGCUAAGAAGGGCGAGAAGCACGAUUUUGUGGUGUCAGAAAAAUACUUUAUGGACGUUGUAGUUUUUCUUAAUUUCAACUUGUUUGCAUUCAUCGGAAGUUUGAUGGCUAACUGGGUCAGAUUCCCGGGACCCAACACCAUCUGGAUCCCCGUCGUCGCCCGUUUCUGGUUCAUGUUCUAUUUUCCGGCUGCCAACUACAAUCCGAUGGAUUUUGCUCGUGCCUACCCGGUCCUUUUCGGCUCCACGUGGCUCUUCGUCUUCAAUAUUUGCAUUUUUGCUCUGACCAGUGGUUACUUGAGUUCUCUUAUCAUGAUGUAUGCACCAAGAUCUCACGAGGACCCAAAAAUCCAACGAAUGGCUGGAAUGAUCGCCUCGUUCUCCUUGAUUCUUGGAAUCGUAGUUGGACUCAGUUUCUCGUGGCAAAUUCGUCUCUUUAUCACUGGUUAUGCAUAA